AUGGAAGUCGAUAAAGUUGUUCAAGAUGAGAAUCAGCAAAACGCUGAGCUACUCGAUACUCCACCCAACCACAAUAAGAAAGAAACAACUUUGGAUACUUCAACUGAUGAUUCGGAAAACUUGCAUGAUAUCAGUCAUUGUAGUGUUUCUACAGAGAAGGGCUUCCCCAUGGCUUGUGCUAAAACGAAAGCCACUCCAGAAGCUGUUCGCACUCGUCGUCUUGUUCAGGAACAUUUACACAUGAGUUCACCCUCAGACUCGUUGCUAUCUCCUUGUACCGCGAAGUUAUUCGGGAAAGGAGGAAAGAAGGCUGUUAGUGGACCUGCCGCUGCCCUGAGAAAGAAGCAGCUUACAUCGAUUCCUUUCAAGUUGAACGAAUAA